AUGGACUACCAACAACCCGCUGGCCUUGCCCAAGCCUCCGACCAACCCGGCCGCACCAUCUUUCCUCAAGGCCCGGCAUUCAACCUCAAUGACUUCUCCGAUCGUGAUUUCAUAGCCAAAGACUUCAUUGAAUCCCUCACCGAAAGUGCCCAACCCUCCAAGCGACGUUCACAUGGCGCGGCUGCUCCUUUCGACCCCAAACCCUUGAUUCGUACCUUUGAACAGGCUGCUCGACGACUAGAUGACCUGUCGGGCGAAUUAGAACAGAGUGAAAAUGAACUGUCUGCUGCGGUAAGAAAGGCAGAGGCUCAGCAUGCAGGAAACACCGAGACUUUGGGUAGAAAACUCAACCAGACAAUUGAAAGUUUCCAGAAAUUGGACACAUCUUUAAAGUCGGACAGGGGUGAGAGAUGGGGAGGUAAUGUCGCCGUCGAGACAGGCCGACGUCUGGAAGAACUAGAUCGACAAAGGAGAAGGGCUCUUGAUGCCCACUUCCUGAUCGAAUGCUGGGAUGAAGUCAGUAAUCGGGGCGAAGUGACUCUCCUGGAGAACCUGCGACGGUCUGGAACCGGCGAGGGAAAGAUCCGAUCUGCUAACAUCGCAAGGCAGCUCCUGAGAAUAAGUCAACGCCUUGAUCCCAAAAGUCACGGUCAAGUAAAUGGCACAAAGACUGUUGGAAUUACAAAUGGUGUUGCAGGAUCCAAGAAUUUCAACACUCGAGAGAUCAUUGAGAAAUUCAUCGAAACACUGGAGAAUGAUAUGCUCAAACUAUUCGACGACUUUUACCGGCGGCAGAAUUUCGAGGAAAUGAAAAACUGUGCCAUUGUUUUACAAGAUUUCAAUGGUGGUGCCUCAGUCCAAGCAUCCUUUGUCAAUCAGCACCAAUUCUUCAUCGACCGAAGUAAUUUGGUGACCGAUGAAGUGGGUGGGGACCAAGAUACCUGGAUUCAUCUUUCUGAUCCUGAUGCCGAAUUGCCAGGUGUGGAACCAGGCCUACAAUCACUGAUAGAUGAAGUAAGAGUGGUUGUCCAGGAAGAAUCAGCGAUUAUCAAGAGAGCAUUCCCAUAUCCCGAGCAAGUUCUAGGCAAGUUUGUGCAACGUGUAUUCCAACAAUCCAUCCAACAGAGAUUGGAGCUCGUACUAGAGAAGGCCGAGUCAGAGUCGACCCUGGCGUAUCUCAGAUCCCUGCAAGCAGCAAGGAGCUAUAUCAGUAUUCUAGUGGAGGACCUCAAAGCGCACGGGCUGACGGAGCACCCGGAGACUGUCACAUCACAAACCAGUCAAUUAUUGGACCAACAGCUCGACGAACUAUUUACUCCCUACUUUGGCGGAUCAGCCUACAUUGACAAAGAGAAACACAACCUGCAAGAAUUAUACAAAUCACUGUUGUUCAAAUUCGAGCUUUUUCACUCGAGAAGACAAAAAGAGCCCAAGACAUAUCUCGCGUCUUUGAGAAAUCGUGGUCAGGAGCUUCUGGCUUCGGCAAGGGAAGCUACGGACGCGUAUGUCAAGAGCCUGGAUCUGGAGAAAAUGUCGUCCACCCAGAAAAGAAUCCUUCUAUCCGUUGCCGGUCUUAAAAGCACCGACAAAUCUUUGCCUGAAAUUGAGCUAUCUGAAGAGAAUGGAAGGCUACAUGUUGCCUUUGCUAAACGAAUGCUCAAAUGGCUCGCCGAAGGAGUCCGUCGAGGUCUUGAGCUCGGCGGAGGCUCCGAGACACCCAAGGACGUUGCGGCUCUGUUGAACCUGAUCAUUAAGAAUCUCAUGACAAACUAUGUCGAAGUGUCUUUAGAAGCCGCAGCAGAAUCCGCCUCAUCGGCCGAAAACACGAAACGGGAACCAGACAUGUCCUACCUAGGCAACCUACGGAUGGCAGUGCACAUCACACAUCUUGUCCACAGCUGCAUCAACACACUGCUGAUCCCACUCGCAGCAUCGAGCCUCACAACCCGACGAGAAAUGGAAAAGAACACACGCACAGCCAUCGUGCGCGUCGAAGACCAAAUUAACACGAUCGAGCAACAAACCGUCGACGCGAUCCUCAACUGGACAUCGCGAUUGCUCACCAACCAAGCGCGCACCGACUUCCGGCCCCGCGCCGACAACGAAGCCCUCUCCCUCGAACAAGCCCAAACACCCACGUGCGACAGCGUCUACAAAUUCCUGCACAACUUCUACGAAACCUCGGCGCAGUCCUUCGACGGCGCGAACCUGAACACGCUCCUUGCCGAAGUGGCCGUGGGCUUCCGCUCGCAGAUCCUCGAGCAUUUCAAGAAAUAUCAGGUCAACCGGAUCGGUGGCGUCAUGCUGGCGCGCGACAUGAGCCGCUAUGUCCAGCUGCUGCGGUCCUGGAACCUCGACGACGGCUUCAAAGCCAGUCUGGAGAUCCUCACCGAGUUGGCCAGUGUCUUUGUCUUGCAUCCCGAGGCGUUGAAGGAGAGGUUGAGGGGCCAGGUGUUGGGGAACAUUGGGAAGGAGAAUCUCAGGCCCUAUUUGUUGAAGAGGGAUGAUUACAUGGAGGUCGGAAUGCAGAGUCUUUUGAAUUCGCUUUAG